UAUCUAGCUUCUCUUUUGACCUAGUAUUUAUUUUUUUAUAACCAUUUUCGUGUCAGCCUUUGCAGCUCGAGACGACCCACACGUGAUCGGCCAGCAUAACUAGGCAGCUUGUUAGUUACAGUAUUUGAAUUUGACGAGGCUGUUUUCACGUUGGAUAGCUAACUAUAUUCGCUGGUUCGAAAUUUCGAAUAGAUCUCACAUUAUUUUUAUUUUUUUAUAUAUGGUUAUAUCACAAGCGUACCUAAUUUUGAUAGGUAAGGCAGACUGUAUGAAGUUAAUUUGUUAACCGGGUAGACGUUAGUUUUUCUUGCCAGCUUGAGCUGCUGUACAUUUUCUGUCCGGCUAAUAAAUUAUAACGUAAUUUGUUUUUGAGAGCCAUCUGCGGAUUGUCAUUUUUACUUUUAAGAACAAGGCUUUCUGCCUGAAAUAUUUGUGUUAGUGAUUCCACAAACAUUGUAGCUAGCUAGCAUUUAGCUUACUUGUACCCGUAACAGUGAUUGUAACCGCGAGCUAGCAUCAGCCAAGCGAAUUUGACAAAGUAUUUAGUCAAUGUUAUUGUUGAAAAUGGCGGCGAUCGAAAUGGUGCAGAUGUUGAUCGAAGCAGCAGAAUACCUUGAUCGCAGAGAAAGAGAAGCUGAACAUGGCUAUGCCUCCAUGUUACCUUUCACCAGCAGCAAAGAGAAGGACAGCUUGAAACGGAAAAAUAAAAGCAAGAACAACUCCAGUAGCAGAUCCAUACACAACGAGAUGGAGAAGAACAGAAGAGCACACCUACGGCUGUGUUUAGAGCGAUUGAAAUCCCUCGUUCCAUUGGGACCAGACUCCAACAGGCAUACCACCCUCAGCCUGUUGAUGAGAGCCAAGAAACACAUCGGGCGGUUGGAGGAGAGCGAGCGGAAAGCCCAGCAUACCUUAGACCAGCUGCAGAGGGAACAGAGGCACCUGCAACGACGUCUGGAGCAGCUAGGGGUGGAGAGAACACGUAUGGACAGCACAGGAUCCACCGUCUCUUCCGACAAUCCUGACUCAGACCUGGAGGAGGAGCUGGAUGUAGACGUGGAGGGGACUGACUACCUGCUGGGGGAUCUGGAGUGGAGCACCAGCAGUGUGAGUGACUCUGACGAGAGGGGAAGCCUGCGCAGCAGCUGCAGUGAUGAGGGCUACUCCAGCGCCAGCCUGCGCCUGCAGAACCAAAACACUCAGGAGACCGCCAAGCAUUUGGGCUGCAGCCUAUAAGAGCACAGCCCUCAACCUCUGGCCCACGUGCAAUGGCGUCCCUCUAUCAUCAAGUUAACUCGCACCCACCAACCAGUCUCUGCCAAUCAGACCUCACUCCCAGCAGGACUGGCCUUCUGACAAAGCCCUCUCCUCCAGCUGUAUUCCACCUCUCUUUCACCCUCAGACCUCCCAACACCUGAGACAUCAUCAUCCCAUUUCAACCGUCCAUCGGCCAACCAAAAUGGAAGAUCAGUCUCUGGUACUGCCCAUUCAGAGCCUCUGGUUCAAUAAGAUGAGUAGGAUUUGGAAGACACUCCUCCAUCCAUCCCUUUCUGUGUCCACCACCUCCCUCCCUUCCUGCUCUGCUGUUUGUUUCAGUGUAAGAGCAGAGAGGUGACUUGACUGUUUUCACGUAUCCAUGCUGUUUCCCCCUUCCAGCAUCCGAGAACGAAAGACUUCAGCUAGAGAAUGUUAUUACAACACUACACCUACACCUCACUGCCCCCCCCCUUCCUCCCUUCGACCCCCCCAGCUCUAGCUCCCAUCUCGCCCAUUUCUCCAAUGAGACUGGCCCCUCCAUAGGUGGUGGUACAAACGAUCGGCACAUGGAUGGUAUUUAGCACUUAGAGACAGUAUAGGAAGGGAUUGUCUGGGUCGAAAAGCUGUGGUCAUUGUAAUCAAUAUACUGUUUGUCUCUUUAAGACAUUGCAGCUAUUGUAGUAAUGUUAUCAGGUGUAGUCUAUUAGUAAGUGUUUAUGGUAAAUAAUUGUCUACCUGCACUGUCUACAUGUAAAGUCCUCACUGGGAGUUCUACAACACUAAGCAUGGGUGUGAUUUGAUGUCAUCCAUGUUCCACAACCACUUCAUUGUUGCGAUCGGCAGCAAUACAUCAUCCCUCUCCUCUACCUGGCUUAGCGGUUGGAUAGAUACCUCCAUGUUUUUGGCUCUUAUAAUGGGGGGCUAUUACAUUUUAGUUUUUAUUUUGGCAUACCCUGUACUUUCAAAUCCACACCUGCCAUUCUGAAUUUUUAUGAUGAAAAAUAAGUUGAGGAAAAAAACUUGUUUUGAAGAACAAUGUGCAGCAUGAGAUUGUUACGGGGUAUCUUUUAUCUUCCUCUCUCUGAUGACGGUGGCGUCUAACUCAUCUUUUAAUGUGAUGGUCUGUGUUGCUGCUAGUCAUGUCCUGUAGCCAGUGGUAGUCACUUGAAUAUGUGCUGAAGUUAUACAGACAGACAGUAAGUUACCGGUAAUUGUUGAAAGUAGACCAGUGGAGGGAUUAAAGCACAUUCCAUGUUCGAGAGAAAGGCCAGAUGGAGCAUUACCUUCAUCCAUAUUUAUGAGGGAGUGUUUUCAGUUUUUAAAGCCAGGAAGGAUCUAGCUAUCUGCUUCAGGUUACCCACAAGCAGAACACAACAGAUGUGCUGACUUGCUUUGCCUUUGGGUCAGAGCACAGUACAAGGAAGAUAAAUGUCUUGUGAGUUUGUUCACCUCUGGAAAGAAAAGAGCAGAAAGGCUACUGUACACUAAAGAUACUCUCCUCUGCCUUGUCUAUAUACUUAGAUAUUGUUUAUGUAAAUAGUUUACACAUCUGUUUAUCAAAAAGUAUUUAUAUUAGAUGUAAAUAUAUAGAUAUAUCUAUUUAAUUGGUUGUCGCUUUACAAGUUUUUGUUGUGAGGGUUUCUAUGUGUGGUUGGUUUGCACAGCAUAGUCGAUCCAGAGCUUUUUAGAUCUGGAAUUUGUGCCUAUAGGCUUUUGUGUCCUUUCAUAAUUGGCACGGUGCUCCUAGAAUUGAAAUUGUUUUAUUUGUGGUUGAUUAUAUUUAUCCAUUUUAAAAAUAUAUCCUCUUUGUCAACAGGUAAAUAAUGCAAAAAAAAGUAUUAAUAUAAAAAUGUAUUACAUUGAAAAGAGGAGCUGGUGUGUGUGUUUGUGCUUUGGCAUUGCUGUGACGGUGGGAAGCUACAGUGGGCUUUCUCCCUUUGUGCCUGGGGGCCUUAAACAAAAUGGCUUCUCCACCCAAGAGAUUAUAACACAUUGUAGAAAGAGCAGGGAUUGGUGGGUUCAAUAACCAGGGGAUAAGAUGGGGAGGUUUUCAGCAGCAUUUGAAUGUAGUCGACUAGCCUAUAAUAUAUCUCCCCCUGCACUGUUGCAGCACAAUGCCAAAGGAACCUCAAACUGUGUCACUGCAGAAUCUCGUUAGAACGGGAAGACCGUUGGUACACCAAAAAAAUCCUUAAAAAAUAGGAGUAUGAUUGUUUAGUCUAUUUGUGUGGAAUGCAGCACUUCUAUGUAAUUUUAAACCCCUAUCCAAAAAGAGAACGAUGUAGUCAUACUAGAAGGGGAAUGUUGUGAAUUGAGUACACGACUGAGACUGGUGCUAUGGGGCAGGUGUAUGUACGUCUUGUCACUGUCUUCAGAGAGAAACUAUAAUGGUUUGGGAGAGGGAGGGUUGUUUUUAAUGGGAAAAAACUGUUGCAUUUCUAUGGAUGUUUUUAUUGGUUUACUAUUAAAAAGGUGAAAAACAGUCUCACUUUUCAAAGAAAAGCUAAUGUAUUAUUAAAGCUAAGCAUUAUUGUCUGUUAUUGGGGAGCCACACACUCCUCUCCUUCCCUCUCUCCCUGUCCAUGGCCUGUUUUAUACGUCUUCCACUCCUACUUGUGUGUGAAUGUGACUCCCAUAGAGAAGAGAUCCUGAUUCAUUUCUAUGGUGUUCCCCCCCCAUCCUUCACAUGCUGUGGGCCAGCCACCAUGGUGCAGAGGGAGCAGACUGGGCUGUGUAGUAUAGCUGCAGCUGUCCUCCCUCCCUGUAUAACACUCUGUUAACACCCUCGGUGCUUCAGCCUCUGCCUUAAGAGCAGGUGUGGAUUCUUAAAAAAUAACAAGAAGAUCAAUGCAGUUGGCUUCUGUGUAGUCCAGUGUAAGCUAUAUAGGAUAUCAUCCUGGGAAUUCUCUGUUUUGUUUUGUUGUGUAUAUUUGGGUUACGUUCGUACGAAGUGGCUUAAGCCUUAAAACAGACGAAUGUAAGAGAACCAUAGUAAAGUGUAUAUAUUAUAUACGUUCAUAUAUAAUAUAGGUGUAGACAUGUUUUUAUCACAAAAGGUCAUUAUUUUCAUUGUAACUGUGUCUCAGGUGUUGCUCUCCCUCUCAUACGCACACACAGACAUACACACGUUGUCAUACACACAUCAGAACAGACUCUGCCUUUUUGAAGGCUUAAAAAGGGUUUAUGUCAAACUAUAAAAAGGUGGCCGUUUUUCUGCACACAUUUUUUUGAAUUGGGAUUUUAAACAUUGUGAAAACAAUCUUUGGGAAGUGUGGUGCAGUCAUUUCUAUUUGCCAGUGAUAUAAAAUGAAUAAAAACAUUUGAAAGCCUUGUUUACCUA